AUGCCGUCCUUCUUCGUUCCAGGCCACGGCCUGCCUACUCCUCCCCAUGUCAACGGUGGUCGUAUGGAUGACCCUUCGUUCUACCCUGUUGGUCACACAGGAUUCCCUCCUCGCUACCACCAGAGCGGCAAUGAAUUCAUCGAGCAGUACUCGCAGUCUCUCUGCUACGCCAAGCCGACCUCGAUGAACCAUCACCCUCAGUCCGCCCACCCGAUGUACCCGGCUCGUGAUCUCCAUGCGUUGAAUCAGCAAGCCAUGUUCAACCCGUUGGCCGCAACCCUGCCCCCGAUCAGGAGCAACGUCCAACUCCCGCCCAUGGAAUCGUCUAUCCCGCCCCAGUACCGCCGACAGGAAGCCGCCCCGAUGCAACGGCCCGAACAGCCGCGCAAGGAGGAGAAAGCUACCGGAGGUGUUGCCGCUCACCUGGAUUACGAGAUGGAUCGCAUGUCCGACUUCGUGGCGGAAAUGGCCCAGGGAAUGUAUGAAUUGUUCGCCAAACAGAUCAACAUUGCAGAUAUUGACAUAAGGCGAAGCAUCUACCCAGGAUCUUCGGUUACCCCCCAGUUUCGGAAAUACGUCUAUCAGAUCUUGUCCUCGACUCGUCUGCCCAGCUCCACCAUCUUGCUCGGUCUAUUCUAUCUGGCCAGCCGGAUGCGUGUGCUCUCGGCGCAACGCGCCGCUACCAAGGGAGGAAACAGCCAAGUGUACCGCAUGUUGACCGUCUCUCUCCUCUUGGGCAGCAAGUUCCUCGAUGACAACACCUUCCAGAACAAGUCCUGGGCGGAGGUCAGCAACAUCCCCGUUGCCGAGUUGAACCGCAUGGAGCUGGAAUGGCUGUUCGCGUUCGACUGGAAGAUCCACGACCGCAUCUACGACAAGCAGGACGGGUUCGCCUCCUGGCGCGCUCACUGGGAUACUUGGAGUGCCAAGGCUACAGCCCGUGCUCAGGAAACUCGCCAGACUCUGGCUCCUCUUGAGACCAACGUGCUUCGCAGCCAGGGCGUCACGAAGCCUCUCAUGUCGCCCGAGGGCCCCAUCCCGCCGCAGUACCAGCGCGGUUCUCACGUGGAGAGUUCUUGGUUGAACCCGACCGCAUCUGAAUACUCGCCUCCUUCCGCCCUCUCCAGUGGACCCAACACCCCCGACUACUACUCGGUCGGCUCUUGGGGCUACUCGAACCCGCUUCCUCCCCCGCCCUACUCGCGCGGCUGGAAUGCACCCCCACAGUACAUGUCUCACCAAGCCCCCCGAUCCCAGCCUCCCUCCUACCACCACACCCCAGCUUACGGUUUGCCCUUUGCACAGAGUGUGUGGACUGGCCACGGCUCGUCGUGCGGUUGCACUUACUGUGCCAAGCAUCUGGAACACUACAUGAGCACCAGUGCAUUCCCCACAAUGCAGCCAAUCAUCGCCGCCUAA